AUGAAAAGUAAUGUUGGAUUUAAAAAGGCUAUGUGUGAUCUUGGAGUUUCAAUUAAUGUCAUGCCUUUAUCCAUUUAUAAUUCAUUGAAUGAUGGUCCCUUUAAGAAAACAAGUGUUAUCAUCCAACUUGCUAAUAGGUAUAUCAUUUAUCCUGAUGGUGUUUUGGAAGAUAACCUAGUCCAAGUUGAUGGUGAUGUAACUAAUGGUGAUAGUAUUGAUGUUCUUGAUACUUUGAAUCAAAAUACUUUUGAGUUGAGUCAUGAUGACAAGCUAAAUCAACAAGAACUGUUGGAAGAGGCUGACUCCAUGGAAGGAGCAGACAAAAAGCUGAAGGUAGCAGUGGAAAAUCUGAACAAACUUUCAAGAAAUGGAUUGGAGAAAUUGGUGAGGGAGCAUAACAUAGAUGCCCUAGUGGCUCCUUAUGAUAUGGAAAGGAGCUCAAGUAUCUCAACAGUCUUUGCAAUUGGAGGAUAUCCAGGAAUCACUGUCCCUGCUGGGUAUGACACUACGGGGUUGCCCUUUGGCAUCUGCUUUGGAGGAUUAAAGGGUACAGAGCCAAAACUAAUAGAGAUUGUUUAUGGCUUUGAGCAGGCCACUAAGAAAAGGAAGCCUCCUGUCAUUCAAGCCACGUCACUUUAA